AUGUUCGCUCGAAAGGCGAAAGCUUCCGAUUUGAUGGGAAGCCUGCAACGCUUCACUGAUAUGACAAGAGAUAGUGUAAGUCGAGUGAAGCAUCUGAAGAUUCUUUUGGACUCCUUGUCAACACAGGAGAAGCGUCAACUGAUCGAAGAACACAGCUUCGAGACAUUCCAUCUGGUAGACGAGCUACUUUUGUCAGCUGACAUCGUCGCCAAUCCACAGGGUGCUGUUGAAGGUGAAAGUGGUCUGUGGACACUAGAACAAGUACUCUGCUUUGCACCAGAACUUGUUGGAAGCGGAUGGCAACGACAUGCUAUUGAGGCGAUUUUAAAGAAGGCACUCUAUCCUAGAAACCUUCUGGCUAUACGCAAGAUAGCAAUCAGAUUAUUCCUGAUAUUUUAUCAGAGUCUCAGUAUAUACGGCAAGGUCACCGAAGACCUUGAUCGUGUAUUUCAAUGUCUCCUUCCAUAUUUCCCUUUAAGUAAUGGGCAGAAUACAGAACUCUUGCUCCAGGAAUAUUGCCAUUCGGCUGGCACAACCCACUGGUCGGAUCGUAGCGUGAGCUCACCGACAAUGCCUGGAAAUCCUGUGUCGAAUGCCAAAGAGCGUGCGCAGAUGCUCCAGGUUUAUCUAGACAAAUUCCUUGAGUACUGUACUCGUGAGUCGGUGAGGAUUGAAUGGAGUGAUGAGAAGAAACGAUUUCAAUGUGCAAGCUUCAUCAUUGAUAGGGUGAUAAAUCUGUAUAUUGCCGAGUGCUUCCCAGACAUUGAAGCGAACGGAGUGGACAUUUUUGGUGGAUGGGAAGGCGCUGAUGAUACCAUUGAAGCGUUGGAUACAGCAGAUCCAAUAGUUAUUGCGAGGUACUGGCUUAUUCGAUGGGUGAAUAACCUGGCAGCAGUUCGCCAACAACCUGCCGCUCAAUGGCAUCCAGGAAUGCUUCUCUACCACGAUGCUUUGUUUGCAUCACAUCGUGCAACCAACACUGCGUUGACAUUGAUGAGGGAGGCAAUGACUCUCCCUUUACCAUGCAGUAAUGUCAUUCAGAAGGUGGUUUCAACGCUAUCUGCUUGGCUAUUGCAAUAUGAAAUCCCGCCUUUUGUCGCAAGCAACGAGGUACCUGUUGAGUCCUCAUCUUUACUGCUCAUCAAUAUGCUGCUAUCAUUCUUCCAAUCUCCCUAUCUUCUUCAACCUGGGGAUCGCUUGCAGUCGGCGAUCACAACAUCCUAUGCUGUACUACGUACUUGCCGCGAUUUAGUCGCAUAUCGACAUAACCUCGCAAGACCAUUAACUGUCAGAGUGUGGUCUGAAUUGAUGUACCGUUUGUGUCAGUCGGCCGCGAGAGUCUGCUCACAUUCAGAAAAAUACGCUCAAGAAAUGUCAUCUGCAUUCGCGAUGACAGUACUGACCAACAUCGUCCUUAUAAAGGCUGUGCGACAAAUCGAAGUUGAUGACAAGCUCUGGGACGAAGUUCAUAUCGUUUUUCAGCGCGGUAUCUGGAUUCAAAUGGCGCACCAAUGGGCUCGGCUAUCACAAAGCGUGACAAGAGCACUGAUACUGCACUUGGCACAUGUGGAUAUCUUCACUCAGGAGGAUCUGGACAAGGCGAACGAGAAGUCUAUCUCGAAGAAGAAAUCUGAUGUGGUUGAAAAUGAAAACGCUGACGAAAACUCAGGCGAUAACGAAGCGAAUGAUGAUAACAGCACAUUCAUAGAUGCUGACGAUAUUACCAAUGCUGUUCAGACAUGGUCAGGUAAUCCAACUCAGUGGCUACAAGUAUGGCGUCGUUUCAUGUGCCUGCUCGGACCUCAUAGUGUCAGUUCGGCAAAUGCUGCGAUUGCUGUGGAAACAUUAUCAAACACAAUCAACAGUCUUCUUGGGGCAAGUCUGGACCCUUUGGCUCAUUGGAUAGCAGCCAGAUUAGUGCAGACACCUGUGAAUUUGCUGCCAAAUUGCAUUGCUUCGUUGGGAUCGGUGCUGAACAGCAGUCGCCAGCCGACACCAAUGCUCCAGGCACAUAUUCUUCAUGCUUUUAUGCGGCUCAUCAAGGCUGGCGACUCACAGGUUCUUCCACACUUGGCGUUGAUGUCUCCACGACACUUGAUGGUCCUGUCCCAGAACCUGCUCCAAGCAAUCCCUGCUAUGAUAUCACAGAACCCGCCUAGUUCGCAUUGUUUGAAGGUGUUGGCUCUAUUGAGCAGCUCCAGCCCGUCAGCAGAGCAAUUGCUUUUAAGUCAGCUGUCUCAACCUGAAAUCUCGCUUACCCAUGCUUUGCUAUGCGUUAACGCUUUGUCCAUGUUGGUUAUACAACGUGGAGACUCUGAGCUCAUGUCGAGGAUGCUAGCUCUCCUGCAGAACCACAGAUGUGGUCCCAGCCUUAUGCCUUUGUUGUGCUCUUGCCUUGAAUCACUCUAUAAAGUGGCAAAGAAUCCAAAUACUUUACAAAUAGUGCUUCGAACUAUCCCAACUCUUCGCGACGAACGUCUACGAACGGAGGUUCUCUGGACGAUUGCAUCUUUGGCGUUGUCACAUUCACUUAGAAGUGAACUUCCUCAGAUAACGAGGGCCUUCUUAGUGGACCAACAGAAAUUGUUAGAAGGAGCAUUACUAACCAUGGAGGGCCAAUUUCCUCUCCCGGGCUUCAAUGUGUCUAAGUGGAACUCAGUGGAACCCACGUCAACGAAAACAAAUGAGACUCAGGUUUUCGUGCAAAGGGAUAGCGCAAUUAUUGGAGUGGCCAAGGAUUCACAGUUGGAAGUGACAACCCGCACAGUUGUUGGAAGGCACUGUUGGGUUUUGGAACCACACAAGGCUGAGCGGAAGGAGUGGCGCAACGUGAAUGCAUGGUUGCAAAAAGAAGCACAGAGAGGACGUCGUGCAGGCGAAGAAUCCGUCGGUAUUCUUGGCGCGAUGGAUGAUCCGUUUGAUGCACUGCCGCGACAAAGUAAUGUUGUACCAUCCAAAGCACCGCCAGAAUGGAUGGCGAUUUUAGAGGAUAGCCGACGGCAGCCACAGCCUUUGAAACCGCUACCACCAUUUGCACCGAAGGCUGCACCGUCUCGCCUUCAUGAAUGGCGAUCUUUUUCUGCAAGUCUCGGCUUCGUACCAAGCGUCUCAGAAGUUCCGCUAAACUUCUCACGUGAUUUGAAGCACCUUGAUCAAACUUGUGCUAGGGAGGUACAUAAAGUAGCCGUGAUUUACGUUGCUGAUGGUCAAGAAGACAAGCAAUCGAUCCUAUCAAAUACCACAGCGUCGCCAUGCUUUGAACGCUUCGUUAGUGAACUCGGUUGGCAGGUCCGCAUUGGAAGGGGUCAUGAGGGAUACCCAGGCGGUUUGCCCUACGAUACUGAGGCUCCAUAUUAUGCAGCACCGGACACUGAGCUGAUCUUCCACGUCAGUACUCACUUGACCGGAGAUGCUACGCAAAAAUGGAAACAUAUAGGAAAUGAUGAGGUCCAUGUGGUCUGGUCAGAGCACUCGAAACCUUAUCGACGAGAAACGAUUGCCACCAAGUUUUGCGAUGUUCUGAUUGUGUUGGAGAGAGCUGAUACCAAAAUGUAUCGCGUACGAGUAGAGACGGUCAGCGCGUUGGAAUUCGGUCCACUCUAUGAUGGAGCAUUGGUGGGCAGCGAAGAGCUUGCCGAGCUGGUUCGGCUCACUGUGAUAAACGCCUCUCGGGCUUAUCGCCUUGCUCAUAAAAACCAUGUGCGACCGCUGCGACAUCGAGAGCAUGUGUUUGCUCAUGACACCAUGCGUCAUAUGAAGAAAGUUCGACUCAGCGAUGCGAUCAAUGCCCUGUAUAUACCGACGAUGACUGCAUAA